AUUAAACUGCAAGUGUCGUACACUUUAAAAGACGUCAACGUGUUAAACUUGAGUUCAACAAUAGAGGCAUCACAGGUUGCAUAACAUUCCACAAAUCAAUUGGAUUUGAUCAAUUCACAAUAGUUCAAAAUGAUGAAACAAUAUGUCAUUCUUCUCUCGGUGGUUCUAAACAUCCUAGUGACCGUACACAACGUACAAGGCGAUGCUUGUAUCCAGGGAUCGAUAUGUCCAUUGGGAUUUAUUUACAAUCCUAACUUGGGGUCCUGCUAUAAUUUCGUCAUAUCCGAAAAGAUCACGUGGUACGAUGCUCUCUCCGUUUGUGGAGCAAUGGACGCUAACCUUGCCGCUACAGAAACACAGGAAGAACUCGAUUUCAUUCGAAAUGAGAUCAAAGGACGAAUUACUGCAGUCGGUGGUGAAACGGGGAACUCAUUCCACCUUGGUGGCGUCUUUUUGAAUGGUGGUUGGCAGUGGAUAGGCGGCCCAUCAUGGAGGACAAAGCCCAUGUCAUUCGCACCAUGGAGGCCUAAUCAGCCAAAUUUCCUUGACGUCCAGAAGUGCGUAGCGCUCUCUGCAAGUGAUGAUUAUCUAUUUCAUAAUUGGGAAUGCCGUCAUAAAUUUCACUACAUUUGUGAAAUUAAAAUGAACUAAAAUGAACGUGAUGGACAAAAUGGUUUCUCUCUUCGUUACUUAAAAAGGACAUUUUGCACUAACAUUACCCUGUGCCGGAAUUCAUCUAAAUACAUCAAAAAAUGAAAUAUUGGAAUUGUGCUUAUAUGUGCAUGGUUAUUCUUAUAUAGGUUUAUUAUAUUUCCACGAUUGGUUAUUACAAAUAAAUGAUUGUAUAUUAUUCACAAAAGUUGUGUUUUCUUUUUCCAAUAGAGUUUUUCUAAAGAGAUUAGUGUGUCGAGCUGGAAGAAGACAAC